UGACGACACAUUGACGUGUGGAAACUUUCCUUUCAAGCCUCUAAUUUGUUUAGAAUCAACAUGUCCGACGAAAAAGGUAGCAAAAAGCCUCAGAACAAGCCUUCCGAACGUCUAUCUCAAGUCGCGAACCACGUCGGUCCCGUGAAGACCCGUCGGUUAGCAAAAUCAAAAGAGAACCUUCCGGUAGACUACUCGGAUAUUCUUGGCCAACUCCAAUCACUUCGAACAAUAGCCAGCACACCGGACACCAAGAAUAAAGGCUACGUUCGUCAGAAGCAGGCAGGCAAGCUCUGGGUCCGAGAACGAGUUCUUGCAUUAUUAGAUGAGGGCAGUUUUCAUGAAGUAGGCUCUGUAUCUGGGACCGUGAAAUGGAAGAAACUUGAUGGGAUACGAGAAGAACCAAUCUCAUACGUUCCGAGCAAUAAUGUCCAAGGUUUCGGGACGUUACGAGGGCGGAAAGUUGUGUUUACGGCUGACGACUUUUCAAUUAGAGCCGGUCAUGCUGAUGGAGCGUUGAUGGAGAAAACCGUUUACAUGGAGAAAUUGGCCGUUGCGUUGAGACUGCCGAUCAUUAAGUUGGUGGAUGGAUCUUCUGGUGGUGGUUCUGUCACUACGAUCAAGACCGCCGGAUUCUCGUACAUUCCUCCUAUGCCCUCCUUCGGACCUGUGGUCGAGCAGUUGAAUUUGGGUAUCCCGAAUUUGGGAGCAGUGCUUGGGCCAGCCAUUGGUUUGGGUGCCGCAAGAGUGGUAGCUUGUCAUUUCUCGGUCAUGGCUGCUGAUAUAGGAGCUCUAUUCAACGCAGGCCCAAAAGUCGUUGCAGGUGCAACAUUUGAAGAGGGCUUGAGCUUCACAGACCUUGGUGGCCCAUCAAUGCAUUGUACAAACGGUACAAUUGACAAUCUUGCUGCCAAUGAACAAGAAUGUUUUGAACAACUGCGGCAUGUUUUGAGUUAUCUCCCAAAUUCGGGGAGUUCAUUACCACCAAUCCUGCCUACAGAAGACCCAGCGGAUAGGACUUGUGAGGAGCUUCGAACGAUCAUCCCUCGGCGAAAAGCCCGGAUGUAUGACCCAAGGAAGAUCAUCACGACCGUUGUAGAUACUGCAAGUUGGUUCGAGAUUGGCGCUCUUUGGGGUACAACUGCUAUUGUUGGACUUGCUCGAAUAGCUGGACGGCCUGCUGGGGUCAUAUCUCUGAACUGUGAAGUGAACGCUGGUGCUCUAGAUGCAGCUGGUAGCCAGAAAAUUACUCGACAUUUGAAGUUCUGCGAUAUUUUCAACAUUCCGAUUGUUCAAUUUGUUGAUGUCCCUGGAUACGCGAUUGGGACGAUCGCAGAAAGAAACGCAACAAUGAGACACGGAGUUGCAUUGGCAACAACUUACUAUUCAACCACCACUCCAGUAUUUAGCGUCGUGACCAGAAGAGUCUAUGGAGUUGCUGGUGGAAUUAUGCUAGAUUGCCGAGACCCUCGAAUGAGAGUUGCAUGGCCAAGUGGAGAGUGGGGAAGCUUACCACUCGAUGGGGGAAUUGAAGUGGGCCAUGCAGCCGAGUUGAAAGCAGCUGAAGCAAAUGGUCAACGAGAAGCCAGGUACAGAGAGUUGGAAGAGGAGUAUUCAAGACUCAUGAAUCCGGUAAGGACAGCAAACGCAUUUGGUGUUGAAGAGAUCAUCGAUCCUGCGGUUACUCGACAAAUGAUUGCCGAAUGGCUCAAGCAUGUCUAUGAAGAAUUGCUGCCAUUACGACUUCUGGACCGUGCCAAUGGGAAGAUUCACCCGAUGUUUUACUGAGCACUAUUCUCAGGGCAGUCACGAACAGCGCGGAUUGCUUCUCAGCUCUUGAAACAGCCGAUGUUCAAAUACUCGUGGAAGAAAUCGCUUCAGCAGCAAACCUGAUAGCCAAGCCUCUGAAUUGGGGAGGCUGUGAAAUAAGAUCGCUUUGGAUAUGCAUAUGCCGUAGCACUAACCGCUCAUAUGGAGCAAGGAUCAGAUGAGGCGCUCAGUGAAAACAAGCAUCACACUAUGAUAGGGGAAGCGACGACAAAGCGGCAAUGCCAGGAGGGCAAGGCACUUUUGAUAAGCACACGUAGUUUCGAGAAGAGAGUGAUGUGGUCUUUUGAGAGAUACAUCUUGGAAGCCAUUCUUCUCCUGCAUGCGCCAAUCGAGGAACGGAUUGGACCCCUGCAAUGAAGUGG